UUUUCUUUGUAUUAAUGUUUUCAAAUAAAUUUUUCAGGUUUACAGAAACGAAGUUUAAGAAGAAAAUCAAAGCCUGAGACGACAAUUCAAAGUAUUCCCAUGAGAAAAUCAAGUGACCGAAAGGCAAGAAAGAGGCAUAUAGUUGAAGGGUGUCCAGAACUUCAGAAAAUUCAAAUAUUAGAGAAUGAUGAUGAAUCUGUGAAGAUGUAUGAUGACGAUAAAACUGUAUUGGAAAAUAAGCCAACAGACAAAUCUUCGUCAGAGAAAGUACAGAGUGAAACUUCAUUGUCCACUUCCAUAUUACAAGCUAAAAUGUGCAAUGUUAAGAUUCCAUUAGUUCCAUUAGAAUAUACAAAUCUUAUGGAUUCUCGUAUACUAAAUGAAUUACGAAACAUCAGAACUUCGUUGACCGUUUCGGAAGAAACUAAAUCUGUAAAUACUCAGGCUUUAAACAAACAACAAAACAACAAAACUUUACUGAUACAAAAGAAACAUGUAACUGUUCGUUCACAAAACGAAAAACAAAAUAAUGCAUUUGCAUUGUCAGAAGAAAGGAAACUUUCAAAUGCUUGCAAGUUGAAAGAGAAGCAAAGCUGCAAAGACAUGAAAGAAUCUGUGAUAUCUGCGGGACAUUCAAAUGUUGAUAUCUUACAUGGAAAAGAAAAUCAUAAAAGUGAAACAUAUAAAAAAGAGACAGAAAUUAUAAAUCAAGACAGACACGAGAAACAAAAGAAAUGUCUGCCAACUUCUUUUAAACAGACUAAACUUACUAAGUUUUAUGCAUUGAAAGAGAGUCUUAAAACCAAGGCUUUAAAUGCACCAUUAAAUUCCAUUAAUUCUACAAGUAAUGAUAAUAUAUUAAACAAAAAACAGGAUACCAAAGAUUCAAAACAGGGUAAUAUAAGUGUUCAAGCAGUGAAUGAACAUAAAGAUACCAAUAUUAAAAUCACACAUGUCCAUACAUUAAAUGAAGAUGAAAACACUAAAUCUUCAUUUUCGCUAUUAAAACAGAUUAAAAUUGAGAACGUUCAUACAUUGAAUGAAGAAGAGACUAUCAAUUCUCCAGCUGUACCUUUAGAACAAAUUAAAAUUACAGAUGUUCAUAGUCUAAAUGAACAAAAAAACAUCAACCCACCAGUAAUGCCAAUAGAAGCAAUUAAAAUUACUAACAUUCAAACAGUAAAUGAAGAUAAUGUGAAAUCUUCAACCACACCAUUAGAGCAGAUGAAAAUUACAAAUGUUCAUACAUUGAGUGAUGAACAAAUGAUCAAACCUUCAGUUGUGCCAUUAGAAUUUAUUAAAAUUCUGAAUGUUCAGACAGUAAAUGAACGACAAAAUACAAAAUCUCUCAUGGUAUCUUCAGAUCCUACAAAAAUUUCAAAUAUUCAUACAACAAAUGAACAGCAAAAUUUGAAAUUGUCUGUGCUACCAUAUGAAACUAUAAAAAUUUCAAAUGUUCACACAGUAAAUGAGCAGCUAAGUAUGAAACCACCUGUAGUACCCUUUGAACCUAUAAAUAUUACAAAUAUUCACACAAUAAAUGAGCAAAUAAGCAUGAAACCCUCUACAGUAUCUUUUGAACCUUUAAAAAUUUCAAAUGUUCAUACACUAAAUGAGCAACAAAAUGUUAAAUUUUCUACAGCACCUUUAGAUCAGAUUAAAAUUCUGAAUGUUCAUUCUUUAAGUGAAGAGUCAAAUAUUAAGAUCCCAGCAGUACCUUUGGAAAAUGUAAAAUUUACAAACAAUCAAACAGUGAGUGAUCAAAACCUCAAACCUCCAAUUAUCUCUUUAGACCAAAUAAGAUUUAUUAAUACCCAUUCAUUGAAUGAAGCACAGGACAUUAAACUUCCUGUGAUACCUUUAGAUCAAUUAAAAGUCAUGGGUGUUCAUACAAUACAGGAGAAACAAAAUACUAAUUUUCCAGUAAUACCUGUAAACUCAACAAAUCUCUCAAAUAUCCAAAGAUUUAACGAAUUACAUCAUUUAAAAGUGCCAGAAUCUGUGGAACAGAAUAAGUUAGUGAAUUUUCAUCCUCUCUCCAAAUCAAACGUUCCUAUAAUUUCUACAUUACCUCCACAAAAUAAUAAUACAAAUGUAAUAAAUGCUGUACCCAAAGUUCUGACUGUAAAUCCAAAUGUGAAUUUUACUGUAUUAGGAACCAAUGAAUCUCAUCCAAACUUUGGAUUUGUCACAGAUCAAAUACCAGCAGUUAAUAAUUCUGUUGUGACAAGUAUUCCUCUUACUACAAUUAAACAAGAUUUUAGUAAUGUAGUUACGUCGGCAAAAUCUAACCUGUCCACCGUUUCAAAUAACUCUCAUAUGCCUCUUCAACCACAAAUUUUCAAAAUUAAAUGCCCACGUACACAUUUUCCUAUCAUUUCUGUAUCUAAUGCUUCCUCUGUUCCAAAUAUUUCCAAUGUCAUUUAUGUGCCAAUUUCAGAGGCUCCUUUGAUGAAUACUUCAAAUGUUUCACCAACUCCCGUGAUUAAUUUACCUACAUCAAAUCAAAGUGCAUUUAAUAGAAAUUUUACCCGAGGUAUUCUAAACACUAAUAUGUCUAACACCAGUGGAUUCAUAAAAGUCACUCCGAAUUCUGCUUUACAGGAAGUUUCUCAAAUUGUAACUCCAAAGAUUCCUUUAGAUCCACUUCCUCUGAAAUCAACUGCUACAGCAAAGACCAAAAGUAUUUUAAUGAACAUGCUGAAAUCUGAUGGAUCUAAUUUGUCCAGGAUAGAAACUGAUGCCAGCAGCAGAAGAAUGACUAAGCUUUCAACGGUCAGUGACACAAAGACCGUUUGUGGCAUUCCUGCUGCCAGGAAAGUGACCAUACCUCUAUUUCAAGCCAACGGUUUAACAAAUAGUGAGUUGACACCAAAUACAAAUACUCUGAAUAAAAAUACAUUACAGUCUGUAGUAAUGGAACAUAACUAUGCCUUGUCUUCAGGAACUGUGAAGGAAAAAUUUGGCAAAAUGCCCAGAAAAGAAUGCAAGUGUAAUGAGACGGAGUCAUCAACUAGUGAUAGCGAUAGUUCUACAGACAGUGACAUCUUAAAUUACGACGACAAUCUUUUAAGAUUGAUGGAACCGGAAGUAGUGUUGUUAGAAGGUGCUGGGAGUUUUAUCUUAACAAAGGGUGGAGAUUUAAAAUAUCUGAAACCUUUCCAACCGAUGUACUCGAGGCAUAAACCUCUGAAAGACAUCAAAAACGAGCCAGCACGUAAGAAACCAGCUGAAUUCAACUGUAACAACACGAUAACUGGGAUAAUCCUGGACAAGAAAUCACGACCAAAGAAAUUUGUACCCGUGCAACAAAAAUUCGUUUUUAGAAACGGCGAGGUGGCCUCGAGCCUCCUCCAGUCCUGUUUUGUGUGGCUGGACAGAAUGAAUAAGGAUCUUCUGAAAGACGGUGUGGUUAAUUUGGCAGAAGUCCCUCUGGAAGAAUUGUUUCUUCUAGACGAUUACAAACCGGUUGUUCAGUCUUCUUCCAAAUGUAAAUACGUAAGAAACGAAAACACCAAGAGAAUAGAAGAGACAAGAAAGAGAAAAUCUCGAGCAACCGUUGGUGGUCCUAGAAAGGACAUUAACGAAGUCAGCAAAAUGGCAGAGGUUUUGAAGUUGCUUCAGGAUAGACGUAAAGCCUUAGAGGCACUGAGAUACAAGAGAAAACUCUUUCAAAAAAGAUACUUGCCAAAACCCGAUAACACUAACAGUGACAACAUCCGUCAGAUUCCCACGUUGUAAAUUACAUGUAAAACAAAAAGUGUGAUUUUUAAAGCAUAUCUGUGUAUAUAAAGACUUUCUUUUGAACGAUGCCACCAGUUUUGUAAACGAAGUAAAGUACUGAAGAAAUGCUUUCAUUUUCUUCUAGAUACAGUAUGUGUUGGUUACCUGCGCACAAAUUGACAUUUCGUUUGGCAUUCUUUUGUGUCCACCUUUUAAAACUAUUCACCACGAGAUAUUCGGACUGCGAAGAAUUUAUUGUUAUUGUGAAUGUCUGUGAUUUGAAAAGAAUUAAAUACAUUUUAAUAACGAAUGUUAUCUGGGGUUUUGU